AUGACACCAGGGAAGUGCGAUAUUAAAGAUGCUGUUAAAAUAUGUUCCAUAUCUGGUGGGGAAAAUUACAAAAGAGAGCAAGUCCAAGUAUCAUGCAAUGAUAGUCAUUGCAGAGGAAAAACUAUUUUACUUGGACUGUUUAAUGAAAAGAUGGGAAAAGUUACAUGGCGCAAAUUGAAUAAUACAGACAACUUAAACGCGCAACUUAAACAACACAUUCUGUCUUCAACCUUUGCGCCUAGGUUUGCAUUGUUAAAAUGCGGGAAAGGUACCCAGGUCUUAGGUUUUCCAACUAUUUUAAAACGGGCCAAACCUUCUCGAAGGCUGGAGAAAAGAAGAACAUUCAGUAUCAACAUCGUAGUUGAGGACUCGUUAUCUCGCGCACACUUUUACAGAACUCUCUUAAAAACUGCGUCGACUUUUAGAGAUAUUGUUUAUAAUCAAACCAUUCCAUCGACUCUGCUGGAGUUUGAAAAGGUUCAAGGCUAUGGAUCUACCACGUUUAACAACCUCAAGAGACUUUUCACAGGACAGAAAUACAACAAAGUUAUCGACAACUGCAAAUAUACUGUCGAGGAAUUUAAAGCAAAUGGUAGCAUGUUCAAUUGUACAUACGGAGUCGAAGAGAUGUUUGCUCGAUAUAAAAACGCAGGAUAUAGUACACUGCUUCAAGAAGAUCAUUGCUGGCGCGACGCGUGGGGUUCGUUCAUGGAUCCACGCAAACAGUUAGACCCAGUUAAAGACGAGAUGCAGCGGCUUAGCAGAUGGAAGGAUUUUGUUCAGCUUGUUCAACUAUCGGGUCGUCAACAGACGAUUGAUGAUUAUGGUAUGUCCAUAUUAACUUGUGAUGUGUACAGAAAGUUCAAAGUGACAAACCCAUUUAGUUCGAAAAUUACUCCAAACGUUUGCUUCGCCGGGAGGCAUUAUGCAUCAUUCUUCUUGGAGUAUGUGAAAAAGUACACAGAGCUCAAUGAUAUGGCCGAUCAGCCGUUCAUAGCGUAUACACAUGUGUUGACAUCACACGAUACUAAUGGAAGACGUAUAGUCAAUGAUGACGAAAGUCUUUCAGAGUUAUUUCGACACGCAGCACAUUUACGAAACACUUUGACGAUCUUUGCCUCUGACCAUGGCGCAAAAGCGACUGAUUUUGCAGCAUAUUCAACACAAGGAAGAGAAGAGGUCUUCCAACCUUUGUUGUUUAUGAUCAUUCCACACGAAGUCAGCAAGUUGCUUGGUUCAGAAGCAAUGAAUGCACUGGUACUCAACCAAAAUCGUUUGGUAGGCGUUGAAGAUCUGGAAGAGGAAGGACUUGAUGGACCUCUGAAAAAAUCACGUCUGCAAGGUUUAUUUAGACCAGUAUCUUUAAACCGCACUUGCAAAGAAAUGAAAAUAAGUUCGGUUGCAUUAUGCCUGUGCGAUGGCAUGGAAAACACAAUCUCGAACAACACUGGUACAGUCAGGUGGGCGGCUGAAUUUGUGCUAGGAACCUUAAAUAACAGAAUUCAGGAGCAGUACACGACAAAUAUUAAGACUCAGCUGGGAAAGAUGGCUACGUCUAAAUUCUUUGGUUACGGCGCUUGUCAGAGGUAUGUAAUUACGGGUGUGACAAAUGCUCGCCAAGUCGUCGUUGGCAUCAACCAGAAGUUAUUGUUUACUUUACUGGCAAAACCCAAUGACCGAAAAACUGCGGAAAUUUUUGACGUCGAAUUGACGUUUCCCAUGAAACAAGGUGAGCAUGGUAUAAUUUUGAAUAAUCUGGUUCGUGUAUCCCGGUUUAAUGAGUAUGAAAUAUGCUCGGAUACGGGCGUUGAUCCAAAGCUGUGCGCAUGUCAUCCUUAUAAAACUAACAACACCUUGUGGAGGAGGAAAUUGUUUUCGAUGGUGACUUCACAAGCCACUUUAGGAAUGAAACCUCAGACACAGUUUCUUGAUAAGCCGUGUCUGGUGAUAAUUGCUCGAGUUACAAAGACAGAAAUACGCCCCGGACGUUGGCAAAAUGCUACGGAGACAUACGAAGCAAUCAACCGGUGCAGAAAUGUGAAAUACAAAUUAAAAAUUUCUUUUAGACGCGCCAUUAAAACGAGGAUUUCAUUGAAAUAUCCUGCAAUUGUAACCUUACUGCCGAGGACAGUCACGUUUCUUUAUACGGCUAUGAACAACUGGAUAUUUGGCAAAGCUGUGCCUAAAUUUAGUUUUAAAAAGACUGUAUUAUAUCGCAGUAAUACAACGAACAAGAAACUGUGAUGUUUGUUGG